GUGCGUUAAAGUUUCUCGAAUCCACUUGUUGAGUGUUGAACGUUUUCAGUUCCUUGAGAGCUGUUUAGUUCUUGAGAGUUGUUACGAGUAGAGUGACGCUUUUGACGAGUUCACGCACGUUUCACGUUUAAAGUUCGUGUUUUCGCACGUUAUUCGAUUCGGUUAUUAACAGUGUUGUUAAUUUUGAUGUGAAGUUAAAGUUUUUUUUUUCUGUGUGAAGUUCUUCGUUAAUUUUCUAUGGAUUCUUUUGAUGAUUUCACGAGAAUAACACGAGAAAAGAAUAAUUAUCGCGGGACCAAUACAUUAUGAACCAAGAAGAAGCACGGAAAUCCAGCGCCGUUCCAAUAUGACACAAAGGGACGAGGUGCAAAAAUUCGAGCAGGGCCGUAUCAAGGUCUUGCAAGAAGAACGUUUACACAUCCAAAAGAAAACCUUUACGAAAUGGAUGAAUUCUUUUCUCGUCAAGGUUCGUUUAGAAGUUCACGAUCUCUUCACGGACUUAGCGGAUGGAAAGAUUCUUUUGAAAUUAUUAGAAAUAAUUUCGGGGGAAAAACUAGCAAAACCCAACAAUGGAAAGAUGCGAGUUCACAAAAUCGAAAACGUCAACAAAAGUUUGGCGUUUUUACACACGAAGGUUCGUCUGGAAAGUAUUGGUGCGGAAGAUAUCGUAGAUGGAAACCCCAGAUUGAUUUUGGGUCUAAUUUGGACGAUUAUUUUAAGGUUUCAAAUUCAAGAAAUUGAAAUUGAUGUGGAUGAAGAAAAUGAAAGUUCCGAAAAAAAAUCAGCCAAAGACGCCCUUUUAUUAUGGGCCCAGAGGAAAACACACGGGUACAACGGAGUCCACAUCACCGAUUUUUCAUCAUCGUGGCGAAAUGGACUUGGAUUUAACGCGUUAAUUCACGCCCAUCGUCCGGACCUUUUCGAUUUUAACGAUCUCCUCAACGGGAAACCGCUCGAUAAUUUAAAUCACGCCUUCGAUAUGGCCAACAACGAAUUGGGCAUUCCAAAACUAUUAGACGCCGAAGACAUCGACACGACACGUCCAGAUGAGAAGAGUAUAAUGACUUACGUCGCUUCUUAUUAUCAUACUUUUGCCCGAAUGAAAAACGAAGAGAAAAGUGGGAGAAGAAUAGCAAAAAUUAUUAGCCAAAUGGUCGAAGCGGAUAAAAUGAAAAAUCAAUACGACAAAUUUACUUCAAAUUUAUUGGAGUGGAUUAAAGCUAAAGUUGUUGAAUUGGAAAAUAGGGAUUUUCCGAAUUCUUUAGAGGGAAUCCAAAGUUUAUUAUUAGCUUUUGGGCAAUACAGAACGAUAGAAAAACCGCCUAAAUAUAAAGAACGAAGCGAAAUUGAAGCUUUAUACUUUAACAUUAACACUCAAUUAACUGAAUUAAAACAACCAACUUUUACGCCACCCGAUGGGAAGUUAGUUCAAGAUAUUGAAAGAGCUUGGGAAAUGUUAGAAAGGGCUGAACAUAGCCGCGAAGUCGGGCUGCGUAACGAACUCCGCAGACAAGAACGAUUAGAACAAUUAAAUUACAAAUUCGAAAAGAAAAGCAUUUUACGCGAAGGUUACUUAAAAGAUAUGAUCCAAGUACUUUCCGACCCCCGAUAUGGAUCAAACUUAGCCCAAGUUGACGCCACCGUUAAAAAGCACGAAGCUAUUUCGGCCGAUAUCUUGGCGAGAGAAGAAAGAUUUCAUGAUUUAACCGAAAUGGCCAACGAGCUUUUAAGCGAAAAUUAUCGAAAUUCAGAUAAAGUCCAAGCUCGCGAACAAGAAGUUUUGGGAAAAUGGAAUUAUUUAUUAGAACUCUUAGAGAAACACAAAUUUAGUUUAAAUCGAAUGGGCAACAUUAUGGGACUUUUACGCGAAAUCGACACCACUUUAGCUAGCAUAAACCAAUUAAAAACCGACUUAAGCUCUGUCGAUACCGGCGCGCAUUUAUUCGCGGUCGAAGAAUUAUUACAAAAACACGCUUUACAAGAACUUCAAGUCACCUCGUUAGGAGAAACUCAAAGAAAAUUGAAGAGAAUGUGCGAAAACGCGGCACAAAGCCCCAAAGAAGAGGAGUUGGUUAAAAGAAAAUUAAACGAAUUAGAAUCAGCUUUUAUCGAGUUACAAGAAUGUAGUGCAAAGAGACGCGCGCUUCUCGAAGAAGCCCGCAAUUUCUAUCAAUUCCUCCAAGACAUCGAAGAUGAGGAAGCGUGGUUAAUCGAAAAACAACGUAUUUGCCAAGCUGGGAUCACGGCGAAAGAUCUCCGAGGAGUUCUAAACCUCCAACAAAAACACAAACUCCUCUUGGAUGAGAUCAAAAAUUUAAAAAAUAAAUUCGAUAGGUUAGGGCACACCUCAAACCAAUUAAUCCAAGCCAAGCACCCCCGUUCGGCCGAAAUCCAACAACAAAUCGAUAACAUCAAAAAAGAAUGGGAAAUACUUGAAAAAUUGGCGAAUGAGCGCGCAAAACAACUCCAAGACGCAGCGGAAGCUUAUCAAUUUUACGCCGACGCCAACGAAGCCGAUUCGUGGUUGCACGAAAAAAAAUCUUUAUUAACAUCAACCGAUUACGGAUCAGACGAACCAAGCGCCCAAGCUCUCCAACAAAGGCUUCGCGACCUACAAGGAGAAUUAAACGCUUAUAAAGGAGACAUUCAAAGCUUAAAUAACCAAGCCGAACAAUUAAUAUCAGCCGGAAUUUCUCACCUCGAUCUUACAGCCCAAGUCGACAUCAACGAACCAGUCGAAGAAUGGAGCUACGAAAUCAGAAUGAUCCCAACCGAAGUUUGGGAAGAAGAAGAAAUCGAUAAAGUCGAAAAUCGCACGGUUAUCGAAGACAAAGUUAUCCCCCAAGUUCGCGCUUUAUACCCAUUCAACGAUCACGGCUUCACAAUGGCCAAAGGAGACGUAAUGAUCUUAUUAAACAAAAGCAACCCAGAUUGGUGGUGUGUCCGUAAAAAAACCAGCGGCGUCGAAGGUUUCGCCCCGGCCAAUUACGUCAAAGAAAUCGAACCGAUGGUAAUGCAAGUGCAAGUUAGAAAACCACAAAAAAUUAAGGCAACUCAAAAAGUGAAAAAAACCAAAAUGGUGAAACAAAAAGUUCCUGUUAAAGUCGUAAAACAACCGAAAGGGGGCACCGAAAAAAGAAAAGUCGACGAUAGUAAUUCGGUUCCGAAGCGACAAAAAAACAUCAACGACAAUUACAACGAAUGCCAAGAAUUAGCCGCGUCGAGAUACACCCAAUUAGAAGACGCAAUCAGAUUAUUCGGAUUCUACCGAGAAUGCGAUGACUUCGAAAAGUGGAUAAAAGACAAAGAAAAAUUAUUAACAUCCGAUGAUCCCAAUGAAAACGUCGAACAAGCUAAGCGAAAAUACGAAAAAUUCGUCACCGAUUUAUCGGCAAGUAACAAAAGAAUCGAAGCCCUCGAUAAUCAAGUUAAAGAUUUCGAAGAACGCAAACCGGCUCAAAUCGAUAAAGUUCGCGCGAGACAUCGUCAAAUACACUCCGCUUGGGAUCGUUUAAAUAAAUUAAAAGCUCAAAAAGAACGUAGUUUGGAAGGUGCUAGUAGUGUCGAAUUAUUCACGAGGACUUGCGAUGAGGCUAAAGAUUGGAUGUUGGAGAAAAUGGCACAACUUGAAGCGCCGAUUCACGCGCACGAUUUAAAAACGGUGCAAGCGUUGCAAAGAAGACACCAACACCUCGAACGCGAAUUGGCUCCGGUUGAAGAAAAAGUUAAUAAAGUUGAUUUAUUGGCGAAUUCCGUCAAGUCAGCUUAUCCGCAAGAAAAGAAAAAUGUCGAUGAACGUCAAGCGGAAAUUAAUGAUUUUUGGAAUCAGGUUAGCGAAAAGGCAGCGGAUCGUAAAAAGGGAUUGGAAAAUGCUGUUGGACAACAGAUCUUCACAAAUAGUGCUUUAGCCCUUUUAGGUUGGGUUGGAGAUGUUAAAGAACAGUUAAAUCAAGAAAAUCCCGUUCGAGAUGUUCAAACGGCUGAGGAAUUAUUGAAAAAUCAUCAGGAUUUGGCACAUGAUAUUAAAGCGCAUGACGAUGAGUUUAAACAAGUGACCGAUCUCGGGGAAAAACUGCUUAAGUCAAAUCCAGGAUUAACAGACGUAGCCGAUAAUUUGGAACGUUUACUCGCCGAACAAGAAGCGAUUCAUCGCGGUUGGAAGGAAAAACAAGCGUGGCUCCAACAAUGUUUGCAAUUACAAAAUUUCAAUAAAGAAGCCGAUCACAUCGAUGCCGCUUCUUCAAGUCAUCACGCUUUCUUAGAAUUCUCUGAUCUCGGGAAUUCAUUGGAUGAGGUUGAAGCUUUAUUAAAACAACACCGAGCUUUCGCAAAUACUUUGGUAGCCCAAGACGAUAGAGUCAUAGCGUUUAGUAAAAAAGCGGAUGCGUUAAUUGCAGAACAACAUUACGAUAGUCAAGGAAUCGAUGAUAGAAGAAAUCAAGUACUAGCAAAACGCCAAGAUGUUAAAAAUUUAUGUCAAUCCCGAACUUACGCUUUAGAUGCAUCUAAAAAUUACCAAGAAUUUUGCGCGGAAGUCAACGAUUUACGCGGUUGGCUUCAAGAUAAAUUAAAAACAGCUUCGGAUGAGAGUUAUCGCGAUUUAAGUAACUUGGAGCGUAAACUUCAAAAGCACGAAGCUUUCGAACGAGAAUUACGAGCAAACGAAGGUCAAUUAAGAACGGUAAAUAAAUUGGGCCAAGCUUUAAUCGCUCAGGAUAGUUAUAAAAAGGAUGAAGUCGCUAAAACUUUAAAAGAACUUAACGAUGAGUGGCAAUCACUUGUUGGAAUUUCCGUUGAUAAAGGACGAAGAUUAAGACAAGCCCAAACUCAACACCAAUACAACAGUUCAAUUGAAGAUAUGCAUAAUAAAUUGAACGAUAUCGAAAAAGGAUUUAACGAUCCAAAUGUUGGAAACGAUUUAAGAUCUUGUCGGGAUUUAUUGAAAAAACAUGAAAUGGUUGAAAAUGAAUUAGCUCUUUGUAAUUCACGCGUUAAUGAACUCGGUAAUCAAAGCGAUGAGAUGACUCACGACGAUCAUUUCGAUUCUUCAGCGAUUCAAGAUAAAGCUUUGGAUUGUAAUAAGAGGUUGGAAACGUUGGAUGAUCCAGCUCGAAAACGGCGCGAAGCUUUGGAGGAGUCUUUGAAAUAUUACAAAUUCGAAUUUGAGUUGGAUAAUGAGUUGCAGUGGAUUAAAGAACACCUUCCUUUAGCUUCAUCCGAACUUUUGGGGCAAAAUUUACACGAGGCGCAAAAUUAUGAUAAAAAGCAUAAAAAAUUAGAAGCUGAAAUCGUUGGUCAUCAACCGGUUAUCGAUAAAAGUUUAGAAGCGGGACAACUUUUAAUAGAUCAAAAACACCCGGAACACCAAAAAGUUAAAAAUCUUUGCGAUCAUUUACGUUCAGCUUGGUCUGAUUUGAAAGAAAAAGCUUCAUUGCGUGCUUUAAAACUAGAACAAUCGCUUAAAGCCCAACAAUAUUUCUCAGAAGCCAGCGAAGUUGAGUCUUGGUUAAAUGAGAAGAACGAUAUGUUAUCAAACACCGAUUACGGAAGAGAUCGCGAUUCAGCAACUAAACUCUUAACUAAGCAUAAAGCUUUGGAAUUGGAAUUGGAUAGUUAUAACGGGAUUAUUGCGGAAAUGGGACGCGGAGCGAACGCUUUGGUUCAAUCAUCUCACCCCAAUGCUAAAACGAUUGCCGAAAGACAAACCACUUUGGAACAUAUGUUGAAACAACUACAAAGAAAGGCCGCGUGGAGACAACAAAGAUUGAUGGAGUCACUUUUUAGGCAUGAAUAUUUUGUUGAAAGUAACGAAUUAGAUCAAUGGAUUGCGGAACAAUUUCAACAAGCCUCAUCAGAAGAUUAUGGCCAAGAUUAUGAACAUUUAAUGUUACUCCAAGCGAAAUUUGAUGAUUUUAAACACCGAGUUGAAUCCGGAUCCGAACGAUUUAGACAAUGUGAAGAUUUAGCGCAAAAAUUAAUCGCAAAUGAAAGCCCGUACAGCUCUGAUAUCGUCAAGAAACAACAUCAAUUGGAGGGGGAAGAAUCAGAAGCUGUAACUGAAGUAGCCGCUAGACAUGCUAUUAUCCGAGAAAAUUGGGAGCGUCUCCGUCAACAAAUUGAUCAUCGCCAACAACGCCUUCACGCAGCCGGCGAAAUCCAUCGUUUCCAUCGCGACGUAGCCGACGCUUUAUCUCGAAUUCACGAAAAAAGCGCGGCUUUAGGCACGGAAUUAGGUCGAGAUUUAAACUCGGCUUUGGCCUUUUUACGCCGACAAGAAGCUUUUGAGAACGAACUCGUCGUUUUGGGGACUCAAUUACAAAAUUUAGUUGAAGAUGCGACCCGAUUACAACACACCUACCCAUCGAAUAAGAAAAACAUCCAAGAAAAACAAGAAUUGGUCGUUACGGCUUGGGAAGGAUUAAAAGAACGCGCUGAUUUGCGCAAAGAGCAACUCGAAGCUAGCGUUGAUUUGCAAAAGUUUUUGGCUUUAGCGAGGGAUUUGACCAGUUGGGCUUCAAGUUUGCGAAUUGCGAUGACCGCCCAAGAAAAUAUUCGAAGCGCCGCGAGAGCUAAAGCUUUAAAAACUGAACAUGAAGCUUUAAAAGGUGAAAUUGAAGCACGCGAGGAGAACUUUGAAUUAGCAACUGAGAUGUGCGCGAUGAUGGAACAAAACGAAAAUGACGCAGCUCCUGAAGCUAUCGAGCGUUGUAACGCUUUAUAUCAGGAGAGGGAGAAGCUCCAUCAAGCUUGGCAAAGAAGGAAUUUGUAUUUAGACCAACUUUUAGACCUCUACAAUUUCUUAAGGGACGCUAAACAACUAGAAAAUACAGCGAAUGCGCAAGAAAAUAUUUUGAAUAAAUCAGAUUUUGGAAAUACGGUUGAAGAGGUUGCUUCUAAUUUUAAGAAACAUGAAGCGUUUGAGAAAUUAAUUAACGUCCAAGAUGAGCGUUUAGAGCAAUUACAUGUGUUAGGGGAAAUGUUGGUUGAAAAGAAACACUUUGAGAGCCCACAAAUUUUGAGCAAAUUAGCCGAUAUUGAGGAUAAAAGGAUUAAAAUAAAACAAUUAUGCGUUAAGCGAAAAUACCAACUUGAGGAUGCUUUGUUGUAUGCUGAGUUUAUUAGGGAUGUAACGGAUGCGAAAGCUUGGAUAUUUGAGAAGCAAAAGAAUUUGGAAAAUACUAUAAGGAUGGGGGAAGCUACUAAGUUAGAAGAGAAAAUUAAAAAAUUACAAAAACACCAAGCUUUCCAAGCUGAAGUAACCGCCAAUGAAAGUCGGAUUGACGAAAUUAAAAAUAAAGGUGAAAGAUUGUUGGCUAAGAAACACGAAGCUUCUUUACAAAUUAAGCGGCAACUUCAAGAUUUAGAGUUAGCUUGGAGGAAAUUAAAUCAGGAAUUAACGCUUCAAGGUAAAGGAUUGGAGGAGGCUCAAGAUAUUUUAGAGUUUAAUAACCAAUUAGAUAAGAUCGAGGCUUGGAUUCGCGAUAAAGAGGUUAUGAUACAAGCCGGUGAUACAGGAAAAGAUUACGAACAUUGCCAAGCUUUACAAAGGAAAUUAGACGACGUCGAUAGCGAUAUGAGGGUCGACGACAUUAAAAUAAAAAACAUCAACAAUUUAGCCGACAAAUUAAUAAAGCAGGGCCAAAAAGGAGUUAGAGAGCGCAGACAAGAAUUUGUUAAUAAAUGGCACAAUUUGCAAGGAGCUUUAGGUCAAUAUCGCAACAAGUUAUCAGGGGCUUUAGAAAUACAUCUUUUUAAUCGCGACGUUGAUGACACCACAGAUAGGAUAACAGAAAAAGCUUUAUCAAUGGAAAUUUCCGACUUAGGGCGAGACUUAAACGGAGUCGAAGUUUUACAAAGAAAACACGAAACUUUAGAAACCGAAAUGUCGACGAUUAAAAACAAAAUAAAGGAGCACGAAAGAGAUGCGCAAAAUUUAAAAAUAAAAUACCCCGACCACGGAAGACACAUCCAAGCGAAAAUAAUCGAUUUACAUAAUCAAUGGGACGAAUUAACCGAAAUGGCCAAAAAGCGAAAUAAAUCCCUCUCAGCAGCCUACGAGGUUCAAAAAUUCUAUUCGGAAUUAAAAGAUUUAGAAAUUUGGGUCGGUGAGAGUAUCAAAAGAAUGUUAUCCCAAAAUAAACCUCAAAGUGUAGCUGACGCCAAAGCACUCCUAGAACUCCAUAACGAACAAAAAGCCGAAAUUGACGGCCGAAGAGAAGCUUUUGCACACCUCGGCGAAUACGGCAAAAACUUAGUCCGUAAAAACCACGCGGAAAUUAAAGAAGCCUUAAUAACCCUCCAAGAUCUUCAAUUAAAAAUAAACGAAGCUUGGGAAAUGCACAAAAAAGAUUUAUCCCACGAAUACGAAGUACAAGAAUUUAAAGAACAAGCCGAUCAAUUAGAUUCUUGGUUCGCUUCGAAAGAAGCCUUCUUAAACAACGACGACGUCGGUGAUAACCCAAGAGCCGUCGAAUCUUUAAUCAGAAAACAACAAGAUUUCGAAAUCACUUUAGGGCAACAAUUAAGUAGAGUUAAUGAUUUAGAAAAAAUCGGAAAUGGGAUUUUAUCCGACGCAAAUUACGACAACUCCGAAGUUCAUUCCGAAUUAAAAUCGAUUUUAAAUCGACGAGAUCGCCUUUUAGAAUCAACGAAACAACGAAAUAAUAAAUUGGAAGAAUCGAAAGCUUUGCAUGAAUUCAUCCGGAACAUACACGAAGUUGAAGGGUGGUUGGUUCAAAAAACUCAAGUUGCGACCGAUGAGAAUUACAGGGAACCAAGUAAUCUUCAAAGCAAAAUUCAAAAACAUUCCGCUUUCGAUGCCGAAAUCGUUGCGAACACAAACAGGAUUAAUUCGGUUAUCGAUGAGGGCCAAUUUUUAAUUCACAACCAUCAUUUUGCAAGUAAAGAAAUCGAAGCGCGCUUAGAAGAAUUAGUCCACGAUUGGAAACAAUUACAAGAACUUUCUGGGUUAAAACGAGAUCGAUUAAACGACGCUUAUCAAGCGUUAAUGUUCAACAGGAAUUUAGACGAAUUCGAAUCGUGGUUAAACGACGUUGAGCAACAAUUACAACUUCAAGAUUUAGGUCAAGAUUUAACGGCGGUGAAUAAUUUAAUGAAAAAACAAAAUGGGUUAGAAAGUGAUGUUCAACAACACGUUGAAACCUGCGAUAACAUCACCGAUCAAAUGGAGAAAUUCGCAAGCGUUGAUCACUUCAUGCUCGAAGAACUCCAAAUGAGAUCGGACGAUUUAAUUUUGAGAUUUAAUCAACUACAAGAACCUCUUGAAAAUAGGAGGGAACAACUUGAAGCGUCGUGUUUGUUACAUCAAUUUAGCAGGGAUGUUGAUAACGAGUUAGAGUGGUUGAAUGAAAAAGAACCGCUAGCUAGCUCAACCGAUUUAGGAAAUAGUUUAACAGCCGUCCAAAGUUUGCAGAAAAAACAUCAAGGUUUAGAGUCUGAAUUGGUUUCGAGAGAACCGAUAAUCGCAGCUUUAAUGACCAGGGCGACCCAUUUAGCGAGAUCGGGGCAUGUUUCAUCGAAAAUUAUCAACGAUAAAGCUAUCCAGGUGAAAUCGAAGUUAACCCAAGUGAGAGAUUUGGCGAGUAUUCGCAGGCUGAGGUUGCAGGAUGCUUUAGAAUCACAAACUUAUUACGCCGAAGCUUCAGAAGCUGAAAUUUGGUGCAACGAUAAACGCCCGUUAUUAUCAUCAUCCGAAGUUGGUCGGGAUGAAGACUCAACGCAAACACUUCAACGCAAGCUCGAAGCCCUCAGCCUCGAAAUCGACGCUUAUAAACCAAACAUUAAUCGGUUAUCAUCGAUGUCGAAAAGUUUACUCGAUCGAAAUCAUUUCGAUGCGAAAAACAUAAUCGAACAACAAGAAAAGAUUGAAACCGAAUUCAACGAAAUCGAACAACUCUUAUUUGAACGCGAAACUAAGCUUUCCGAAGCCCUAUCAUAUUUCGCAUUUUUACGCGAAUGUAAUGAAGUUAUCGAGUGGUUAAUGGAUCAACAGACUAAAUAUAGCUCGGAAGAAUAUGGCACGGACGUUGAGCACGUUGAGUUAUUAACGCAACAAUUCGAAAAUGUUUAUUCGAGCCUACAAAACAGUUCAAGUCGAAUUGAGAAUUGUAUCGAACACGGGAAUAAAUUGAUUAAAGAAAACGGGCAUAAAGAUAAAAUCGAAACUAAAGUCCGAGAAUUACAAGACAUGUGGAACGAUGUUUUGGAAUUAGCAACGGCCAGGAAAGAAGCUUUAAUAGGUGCUCGACAAGUUCACGUUUUCGAUCGAACAGCCGAUGAAACAAUCGGUUGGAUUCAAGAAAAAGAAUCAAAUUUAAACAUGGAUGUUUACGCGCAAGACUUAGAAGGUAUCCAAGCCAUGGUCCGCAAACACAACACCUUUGAAAGCGAAUUAAAAGCCGUUAAAGAGCAAAUCGACGCGAUUGAUCAAGAAUCAAAUAAAUUAAUAGAACAAUUUCCUGAUGCUGAAGAUCAUAUUGCUGUUAAACGCGAUGAUGCGUUCAACGCUUGGGAAGAUUUGCAAACGAAAUCAAAUCGGCGAAAAGACAAUUUACAACAAGCCGAACAAUUACAAGCUUAUUUCGACCAACACCAAGAAUUUUUAGCGUGGAUCAACGAAAUGCUAGCUAAAAUAACAGCCCCAGAACUGCCACAAGACGUCUCCGCCGCCGAAGGAUUAAUCGCGCGUCACCAAGAAUACAAAGUAGAAAUCGAUUCAAGAGAUGGCGCCUUAAUCAAUUUCAUGGAAACCGGAAACAAAUUAAUCGAACAAAAACAUUUCAUGGCCCCAGAAAUUUACGAAAAAAUAACAACACUAGACCACCGCAUAAACUACCUAAAAUUAACAUGGACGAAUCGCAUGGACAUCUACCAAAAGAAUUACGACCUCCAAAUGUUUAAAAGGGACGCUAAUCUAUUGGACAGUUGGUUAUCAGUACGCGAAGGAACAUUAAGAGACCCAAAAGUAGGCGAAUCAAUCCCGCAAGUCGAAGAAUUAAUUCGAAAACACGAAGAUUUCGAAUCAACGAUCGCAGCGCAAGAAGACAAAUUUAACGCUUUGAAGCGUAUCACGAAAAUCGAGGAGGAAUUUAUGAAACAAAAAGAAAAAGAAGCUUACGAAAGGCAACAAGAAAACGAACGUUUGGAACAGCUAAGAAGAGCCGCGCAUAAAAAACGGUACGAAUUGGAGCGAAAACCCGAAUUGUGGCAGGAAAAAGUCGACGAUAACGCGCAAAAAGAACAACGACCGGAAGGGCCGACGAAUAUUACCAAAUCGAAUUCGGUUGCGCAUAUUUUUGGUGAUCGUAGACGCGGUUCCGAGGCGAAUAUUAAAAGGGCGGAGAGUAUGAAGGCUGCUACUGGGUCGAAACCGGUUAAAAGAACUCCUAGUUUUACCACAAGACGAAGAGGAUCAUUGAGACAAAGAAAUGAAAAUGAUUUACCACCAGUUGAAAUAGAAUCAUUCCUCGAACGAAAACAAGUUUUAAUAUCAGGGGGUAAAAAAGCGCCGAAUCGUCAAUGGAAAAUCUGUUACAGCGUUUUAUGCGGACAAUUAUUAUGUUUCUUUAAAAAUAAAGAUGAUUUCGCCGCAAGCAAAGCUUUAUGUUCUCCGAUCGGACUUCAUAAUUCGACAUGUUCCAUCGCGACUGAUUACACAAAACGCCGAUACACGUUCAGAUUGAUCACGAUAGAUCAAUCUGAAUAUUUAUUUUCUUGCACGCGACCAGAAGAAAUGACCGAUUGGGUGAGCAAAAUUUCAUUUAAAGCAAGAUUACCACCGAGUCAACAACUUGUAUCAUUAAAUUUUAUACCAAAGGAUCAACACGAAGAAGUUAGUUCGCAAUCGAGUAGGACUUCAAGUCCGGAUGUACCUGAUUCGGUCGUUUUGAGAUAUGAUCCCGGUAUUAAUGGAAACGCAGCAGCUAGUCAUGGACAAAGACAUACUUUUACAGGAGACAGUCCACCACCUUUACCAAUGACACAACCGCCGAAUAAUCACGCAAUAAGAAGACACAGUACGAUUGUUGAUGGAAGCAACGAAAGUUACGGAAAUAACGCGUUGCGAGAUGGUUCACCCAAAAUGGAUUGGAAAGAUAGAAGUAUGCCAAGACCGUCAACAAUGCAAGUUAACGAUCAAAAAUCACCCCGAUGGAAGGAUAUGUUUUUUUCCAGGAAAAAGAAGUAGGAAGAUUUUGUUUAUUAAUUUUUGUCUUGUUUAAUUAAUUAAUUAAGUUAAAUGUUUUUGUUUUUUUGACUAUUUUUUUUGUAAAUUAUGGAAAUAACGAUGACGAAUUAAUUAUUGUUCGUCUAGUCUAUAACAGUGUUGUAUAUUUAGAGACACCUGUAUAUACAUAAAUAGUUUUUGAUUUUUUUAUAUGUAUAAGUACAUAAAAAACGUUAUUCUUCUUUAUUAAUAAUUAACAUCACUUAUUGCUGUAAGAUAAAUACCAAAUAUUCCUUUUUCUUUUCUUUGUUGUUUUCUUGAUAAUUUUUUUUUUAAUAUUAUUAAUUUUCUAUUCUUUUAGUUGACAAAAAAUUAUAUAAAUAUAUAUAAAUAUGUUUGUUUUUUCUAGUUAAGACAAUAAACGUUUAUUGUAGAUUU